AUGUCACCAAAGGAAUCCAUGGAAGACUGCCUCGGCUGUCGCUUAACCGGUUCUCUUACAUUAGUAAGUGUUGGUGCUUAUUUUGUCAACGAACGUUCUAAACUACCACGACACGACCUAAAACAACGACGCUGGUUACUUGCUUGUGCUGGUACAUUUGUUGCUGCUGGAAUUUGGCGAGGGACAACGCACUUGUUCGAUAGCCCGACACAUUCAUCACUCGAUGACACGCAAGCCAAUUUCAAAGCACAACCAUAG